AUGCAACUUUCAUUUUCAAGUUUAUUUUUACUUUCAACUUUGAAUCUUUUACGAUCCGAUCAAUCAACAUUAACUAUCGAACAAUGGAAUCUUCUUUCAAAUCUAUCUCAUUUUUAUGAUGAACAUAGUGGAGUAACAUUAGAUGAACGUUUCAUGAAUGAACAAAUGAGUUUACCUCCUAAGUUAUGUCUCAAAAGUGGAGCACUAAUCAGAUAUUUCAAUGAUUCAAUGGAAGGUACUCAAUUAUUAUAUAAAAACAAUCAAGAUUUUCUUUCAUUAUCUGCUAAUAAUCGUUCUGUAUUACUUAACAAUACAAUAAAAUAUAUAACAGAUCUUUCAACAAAUUUUAUUUGUCAUUUGAUUGUAUUAUAA